UUUUUGAGCAGCCCCUAUACAUGCUGCCUCCGAGCCGCUCUCUUAUUACUGCUCACUUCCUGAAGGGAGACUUUUUAGCAGAGCCUCUAACUCUAGCACUGCCUGAGUCUGACAGAAGAAGGUUAUUGAAGAAGGCGACAUAAACCCUCAGCCUGGAAACUUUCUGACACAAGCAAGACUGAGAAGGAGAGAGAAGCUUUUGGCUGCUGUUGGGAAGAAAAAAAAAAGAAAAAAAGGAAAGAAGCUCAAAGAAUUAAAAGGGGAAAAAGAAGAAAGAGGGGAAAACGCUAGAAAAGGGGUGAUGCCACCAAGAGCCGUUGAUUCGAAUUAGCCCAUGUUGACAUUAUUAGGCCAGCCCAGGCACAGCGCGUUACCCGGACACCAUCGGCCUCACUGCUUGGGGGAGAGCACGGAGCGGCUGAGGAUGCCUGCGAAGCAACCGAGGACUCCCGUCUCUACAUAAGCGGUGGCUGAAAGAGAGACAUGUUGGGACAGCGCCUUUUCAGCUGGUACAAUACUCCCUGCACUGAGACAAGCGUCGCUAACUAUGGCAAUAGCUUGGAGACUUCUCACGUGGACUGUCAUCUUCACCACGGCUGUGCGCAGCUUCCCUGGUUACACCUUCCAGUCUCAAGAGGAGUUCCUCUCCAGCCUCGAUCACUAUGAAAUUGCGUUCCCCAUCCAAGUGGACCAAAACGGCGACUUCCUCACCUUUGACAUGAGAAGCCAGCUGAAGCAACGCCCUCGGCGCAGUCUGGGCUCCCUGCCCUAUGAGCCAUCCGAGCAACAGGUCUUCUACAAGGUCUCUGCUCAUCGAACACAGUUCCUCCUCAACUUGACACUGCACUCCAACCUGCUGGCUGAGCACUUCACUGUCGAAUACUGGAAACGAGAUGGUGUGGACUGGCAACAUGAUUUCCAUGAAGACUGCCACUAUGCAGGCCACUUGCAAGAUCAGUACCGGAACUCAAAGGUCGCCAUCAGCAACUGCAAUGGACUGCAUGGGGUGAUAGUCGCAGAUGAGGAAGAAUAUUUCAUUGAACCGCUGAGCCCAGGAGCCAACGUCAGCACAGGGAAUGAGGGCAAGGGCAGCCCCCACGUCGUGUACAAGCGAUCAUCUCUCCAGUACCCACACAUGGAUGCAGCCUGCGGCGUGCUAGAUGAGAAGCCCUGGAAGGGAAGACACUGGUGGCUGCGAACGCUGAAGCCCUCCCCUCUGAAGCCAUCAGGCAACCACAGCCAGCGAGGCCAGCUGCCCCUGAAGAGAUCUGUCAGCACUGAGCGCUACGUGGAGACCCUGGUGGUAGCCGACAAAAUGAUGGUGGGGUACCAUGGGCGACGGGACAUAGAGCAGUACAUCCUGGCCAUCAUGAAUAUUGUUGCCAAACUUUUCCAGGACUCGAGUCUGGGCAAUAUUGUCAAUAUCCUAGUGACCCGACUGAUUCUUCUCACCGAGGAUCAGCCCACCCUGGAGAUUAACCAUCAUGCUGGGAAAUCCCUGGACAGUUUCUGCAAGUGGCAGAAAUCCAUCGUGAACAGGAAUGGCAAUGGGAACGCUAUCCCCGAGAACGGCAUAGCCAACCAUGACACUGCUGUACUGAUCACUAGAUACGAUAUUUGCAUCUACAAGAAUAAACCAUGUGGCACCCUAGGCCUGGCCCCAGUGGGCGGGAUGUGCGAACGAGAACGAAGCUGCAGCAUCAACGAGGACAUUGGCCUGGCUACGGCCUUCACCAUUGCCCAUGAGAUUGGCCACACGUUUGGCAUGAAUCAUGAUGGGGUCGGCAACAGCUGUGGCUCCCGUGGGCAAGAAACAGCCAAGCUCAUGGCUGCUCACAUCACCAUGAAGACUAACCCAUUUGUAUGGUCCACAUGCAGCAGGGAUUAUAUCACCAGCUUCCUCGACUCCGGGAUGGGAUUAUGCCUGAACAAUGCUCCUCCCAAGCAAGACUUUGUCUACCCAACAGUGGCUCCAGGACAGGCCUACGAUGCAGAUGAGCAGUGCCGCUUCCAGUACGGAGUUAAAUCUCGCCAGUGUAAAUACGGGGAAGUCUGCAGUGAGUUAUGGUGUCUGAGUAAAAGCAACCGCUGCAUAACCAACAGCAUCCCUGCUGCUGAGGGGACCAUAUGCCAAACCAAUACCAUUGAAAAGGGGUGGUGCUACAAGAGGGAAUGUGUGCCUUUUGGCACCCGACCGGAGGGUGUGGACGGUGCCUGGGGAGCCUGGUCGUCAUGGGGAGAGUGCAGCAGGACAUGCGGAGGAGGUGUAUCGUCAUCCAUUCGCCACUGCGACAGCCCGCGGCCCACGAUCGGAGGGAAGUACUGCCUGGGAGAGCGGAAGCGCUACCGAUCCUGUAACACCGAUGACUGCCCUCCUGGUUCCCAGGACUUCCGAGAGCUGCAGUGUGCCGAAUUCGAUAAUGUCCCCUUCCGAGGGAAGUACUACACCUGGAAGACAUACCGGGGAGGGGGUGUGAAAGCCUGUUCCCUCAAUUGCUUGGCCGAGGGCUUCAACUUUUACACGGAGAGAGCUGCAGCUGUGGUGGACGGGACGCCGUGCCGGCAGGACUCCAAUGACAUCUGCGUCAACGGGGAGUGCAAGCACGUGGGCUGUGACCGUGUCCUGGGCUCUGACUCGAAGGAGGACAAGUGUCGCGUGUGCGGGGGAGAUGGCAGCACCUGUGAGACCAUUGAGGGCAUCUUCAACCAGUCCCUGCCAGAGGGAGGGUACGAAGAGGUGAUCCAGAUUCCCAAGGGCUCUGUCCACAUCGACAUCCAGGAGCUGAACCUCUCUGUCAACUAUCUAGCACUGAAGGGGGAGAACGGUGAAUAUUACAUCAAUGGGAAACUCUCCAUCGACCCUCCGAGGCGCUUCGAUAUUGCGGGCACGACAUUUCACUACAGGAGAUCCCCAGAUGAGCCUGAAUCGCUGGAGGCUUUGGGGCCCACCAACAUCACACUCAUUGUCAUGGUCCUUGUGCGGACAGAGCUACAGGGGAUUCGGUACAAGUUCAACGCACCCAUCAGCAGGGAUGCCUCGAACCAGUACUCCUGGCACUACACGCCGUGGACCAAAUGCUCAGCGCUAUGUGCAGGGGGCAGCCAAAUCCAGUCUGUCAUAUGCAAGAAACUCUCCGACAGCUCAACUGUCUUCAACCAUUUCUGUAGCCCUGAAACCAAAAUGCCAGAGCGGCAGAGGCCAUGCAACACCGAACCAUGCCCCCCAGCCUGGGUGAUCGGGAACUGGUCUGAAUGCAGCCGAAGCUGCAAUGAGGGUGUCCGCACGCGGAGUGUCUUCUGCAAGCGUAAGAUCUCUACCACCGAGGAGAAGACCUUGGAUGACGCCUCCUGCCCCCAGCCACGGCCCAAGAUGCUUGAGCCUUGCAACAACCAGACGUGCCCCCCGGAGUGGGUCGCCCUGGACUGGUCAGAGUGCACCCCCAGCUGUGGGCCAGGUUUCCGCCACCGCAUUGUGCUCUGCAAGAGUGGUGACCACAGCACGACGCUGCCCACCUCCCAGUGCCCCGAAGGCUCCAAGCCCCCGACCAGCAUGAGGUGCAACCUGCGGCGCUGUCCACCCCCGCGCUGGGUGGCCGGCGAGUGGGGAGAGUGCUCCGCGCAGUGCGGCCUCGGCCAGCAAAGACGAUCCGUCCAGUGCCUGGCUCACACCGGGCAGCCGUCCAGCGACUGCGUGGAGACCCUGCAGCCAUCCGGCAUGCAGCAGUGCGAGACCAAGUGUGAAUCAGGACCUACGGACAACCCUGAAGAGUGCAAGGAUGUGAACAAGGUGGCCUACUGCCCGCUCGUCCUGAAGUUCAAGUUCUGCAGCCGGACCUACUUCCGACAGAUGUGCUGUAAAACAUGCCAGGGGCACUAGGAACAGAGCGAAGUGACCCCCGUGGGAAAACUGGAAGGCAAAAGCUACGCCGGAGGGCAGCCGAGCCGUGCCCUUCCUCUCCGCCCCUGGGAAUCUCCCCUGGAUCCAACACAGACAUUGGUCGUGCUUCCGGUGGGAGCCGGCGUCACCCCACCCUGUCCCCCAAGGACACGCACCCUUCCCUCCCGAGCACCCCAAUGGCAGGAUCCCAGUUAAACCACUGCCGGCCGCUCCAGAGACCGCCACGGCCAAGCACGAGAGGAGCCGGUCACCACGGCGGGAGAGGGAGAAGCUGGGCAGAGCGCGGCAACAAGGACAUUACUUGAAAUUCUGACAUUGUUAUUUAUUUAGUAGCGGACCUAGGUCCUGCAGGUGCCAGCCGACGGCCACCGAGACGGUACCAUUAGCCCCGCUCCUGCCUCGCCCUGCUUGGUGCCCACAUCCCGAAGGCAUCGCGGGGCAUUGCAGGCCAUCGUGGGGUGUCUCCAAGGAGGCUGAGCGUGCUGCCUGCCGCUGCAUUUCCCUGGGGGACAUCCCGGGGGACACAGGGAGGAUCUCGGCCGCGGCAGGUGACGAGCGUGGCUUGGUGCUGUCAGCUUCUGUGUGAUGGACGGAGAAGAGCCAGCGGGGGAGCGGGGUGGGAGCAGGAAUCUUGUUUUCUGCAUUUGCAUCCUGCCGCCUUGGGACCUGCAGCAGGUGAUGGAGAACAGGCCACGCGGUGAGCAGAGCGGCAACACCAGUUUCACCGGGAGAGGGGGCUAGUCAAACUCUGAAUUUACUUUGAUUUGAGUUUUCCCCAAUUUUUCCUAUGAUCAUUUUUGUUACAGAGCCAUCUCAAAGCGUGAGCUGAGGUCAGGGCCAGGGCACGUAGGGGUUGUAUGGUCACUUAGUGGGAGUUGGAGAUGUUCCAGUCUGCAGGAAACAAAGCAAGGGAGGAUGCAAGACGAGAACCAUCUGGGUCACAGCGUCCCCAUUGCCCAGCCAUGAACUAGGACCCAGGUCCCUGCAGGGCCCUCCCCAGGGAGCAAGAUGGCCCCCAAAGGUGCUUUGCCCCCAGGGGCAGCCUCGCUGCGGGCUGCUGUGGCCUCGGGGUGCCAGUCCGGGUGCCACCCCGCUCCUCUGCCCCUAGGAGACUCCAGUGAUGGGAAAAGAGCAGGCUUGAAAUUCCUCCAGGUCACCUCCCUUCAGGCAAAAUCUGGGCUAUCGCGUGAAUCCCUCCACGUGGCCCAUGGGAGCAAAGGGACCUGAGUUUUCAAUGUACAAAGCAUGUGCUUUUUAUUAUUAUUAUUAUUAUUAUUGUUAUUAUUAUUUUCAGGCCUUUCUGCAUCACAAAGAUGGAAAAGCUCAUCCGAGCCCCCCAGUUCUGUUCCCCUCGCGGGUCAUCCUUAGGGUGAAGGGAUGAGGUUGGCCCUCUUUCCCCGAGCAAACCCCUCUGCCCUGCUGGCCCCCAUGUCUUAACUACCCGGGUGCAUUUUUCCCUGCUCAUCAGUCAAUCGCCGCUUCUCUGGUGCUCAACAAAUCCUGACUGGCUGACGAGCGGGAGUUAAUUUGUCUUCCUUCUCGGUGCAAUGCUCCGUUCUGGCAUUUUGGGGAGGGGGGGAUGUUUUCACCUUUUUAUAUAGAUAUAUAUAAUGAAAAAUGUUUAAAGUACUAACUCUGAGGAGGAGCAACGUAACGGCAUGAUUUAUAAUAAAGGAGUAGCUACGAUCCCGGGCGCA